UUUGCUCACCAGCGCUGAGGAAUGCGCAUGCGCUCGAUGCCGUGCCGCUGGGAGCGCACUGCGCUUGCGUGGGCAUCCUGGUUGCCCUGGAGUUGGCAGAGUAGAGUUUCAACUCUGAGUUUAUGGAGGAUAUUGGAAGCAUUUCCUUUCUCCCUCACUCACACCCACCCACUCAGUUCUGUUUUCCAAAUUCCCCGCAGCUACUGCCCCUCGACCGUGCAGGAGGUUCAACUGAAAACCUGCCUCAAGCUGUUUUUGCAGGUCUGACAUGCAUGGGUUGAGAACGGUAGCAGUGAAACCAACAGAGCUGUAAACGUGGGCACCUGACUAUAUCCAAGGGAAUUCACAUCCACCCCUUUCACUUCUGCAAUCAUGUCGAACAGAACCUACAGUAAGAUGUGGGCUGACACCCAUGACGUACUUCACCAUCUUCUCAAGGAGGAGCUCUAUUCUCAAGAAACCAAACCACUCACAGACCGCACGAUGAUCUUCCAGAUGCUGUCGGCCUUCUACAUUAAGUAUGUAAAGAUUUUCCGCAAUAUGGAAGACCUCUAUGAACAGAUUGUGCACCCUCAGAAGAGAAGGAUUAUCCACCAUGUACUGGAGGGUGUCAUGGGCAGAAUCCUUGAGGUGAAGAAUGAAAUGGUGAAGUUGGAGUUCUCGGAGUUUCACUACUACGAUGAUAUACUGCAGGAUCUCAAGCUAACCCCAGAAGACUUGGAGAUCCCUAUUCCAAGAUACUUCAUGAAGGAUAAAGUAAAAGUUAUGAAGGACAGAGAGAACAUUCUGUCUCGAAUAUUAUCCAAAAGCACAAUUCAAGUGGAAAAGGCAGCCAGUAUAAGAAUACUUUCUCUGGAUGAAGCCAUCCAUAUCAUUCAAAUUGCUGAGCGUAAUCGGCAGGGGCGACUACGGUCUAAAUUUAUGUUGGAAAUCCGAAUGGAAGAAGAAAGGGAGAGCAUGGCUAAACCACGGUCGACAAGCACAAUGUCUACUGACACGGCAGCUACAUUAAUCAGAAAGAUUUGGCAGGGAUAUCUUCAAAGGAAAAAGACAAAGAAGGAACGGGCAGAAGAAAUGAUAUUUCUUGACAUGGAACCUGCUCCUGAUUUUCAGAAACCCACCGCUAUUCAGUUACAAACUCAGAAAAUGCAGCAACAGCGGCAGGUAGUACAAGAAGUACAUGAGGUGGAAUACCAGCAAGCGUUGGUCACGAUAAAAGAGCAACUGCAUUCAGUUGAAGGACCAGAUAUCAAAGAAUCCUUGCGGGAACAGAUCAGGCAAUGGUUUGUCGAGUGUCGAAACGUAACUGGGAAGUUCCCCAACUAUCCUGAUGCAGAGAAUGGAGGCUCUGCAACUUUGUUUGCUUCAAAGACUCCACAAGAGGUGCUUCAGGAACUUGCUGCCAAAGAAGAAAAAAAGAAACAGAAGGCUGCGGAAAAGAAGGAGAAAAAGAGUGCUAAGGGCAAAAAGGAGGAGAAGAAGAAGAAGAAAGGAAAAGCAGAUAAAGAGGAAGAAGAGGAAGGUUGGAAGAUGGCACCAAGUCAAUUCCUUUCAACAGUGGUUGAAGGUCAAAGAACAUAUGAGGGAGUUUGGCAGAACCGAGAUGAGCACACAAACCUGGCUCAGACGUAUGUUGCUGAACUCAUCAAGGAGGAUAAACGGCAAGAGGUGGAGAAUGAAAUCAGAGUACAGGUGGACAAACUCAUGAGACAGGAGCUGAAGAACUUAAAGAUAGCAGUGGACAGGGAUAAAAGUACAAAGAAGAAAGGAAAGAAAGAUGGGAAGAAGAAAAAAGCCAAGAAAGGAAAGAAGAAGAAGAAAGGAAAAGAUUUGACUGCUAACAGGACAAUUGAUUCCCUCUUUGAGGAACUAGUCAACGAAGGUCUGCUAAUACAGCCCAAGAAUAUCCAACUUUCUGACUUUAAGGGUGAAUACAACUACCUGGGGACCACACUCCGGCAAACAGAUAUCGAACCAAUGCCUUCUCUCUCGGAUGUGAAGCAACUGAUCACAUUGUAUGGGAUUCUUCCCUUGGGUUCCCAAGCUGUCCAUGAGAAAGCCCCUUUGGUGAAGUCGUUGAUGCUGGCCGGACCCUCUGGAGUUGGAAAAGAAAUGUUGGUUCAUGCUCUCUGCACCGAAACUGGAGCCAAUCUUUUCAACUUGUCGUCACAUAACAUUGCAGGAAAAUAUCCAGGCAAGAGUGGUCUCCAAAUGAUGAUCCAUUUGGUUUUCAAGGUCGCUCGCCUGUUGCAGCCUUCUGUUGUGUGGAUCGAUAACGCUGAGAAAACGUUCUACAAGAAGGUUCCAAAGGAAGAGAAGGGGCUGGAUCCGAAGAGAUUAAAGAAGUCUCUCCCAAGUAUACUCAAAUCCUUGAAAUCAGAAGAUCGUGUUCUCAUUGUUGGCACAACACGACGUCCCUUUGAUGCAGAAUUAAAGUCUUUCUGCCGAACCUUCCAGAAAAUUGUGCUCAUUCCAAGACCAGACUACACGUCUCGAUUUGUGUUGUGGAAGACCAUAAUCCAACAGCAUGGUGGGAUCCUGACGCAUUCAUUGGAUAUGAGUUCCCUGGCUAAGAUCACUGAUGGCUACACACUGGGACACCUUACCCAAGCUGCAAAGGAUGUUCUUACUGAAAGGCGCAUAAAGCAGCUACACACAAAACCUCUGACUGCAGUGGAAUUCAUCCCCCCUCUGGCCAAGCAGGAACCUGUGUACCAAGAGGAGGAAAAUUCAUUCAAGGUAAAGAGGAAUUUUUUACCAUGGCACAGUUGAUACUCAGUUGCUAGC